AUGUCAACACCCUCUCAUCAAGCCAACCUCGCCCGUAUUCGAGACAACCAGAGAAGAUCCCGCGCCCGCAAGAGGGAGUACCUCCAGGAACUGGAGCAUCGCCUACGCGUCUGCGAGCUCCAGGGAAUCGAAGCCUCCACCGAGGUCCAGGUAGCUGCUAGGAGGGUUGCCGAGGAGAACCGUCAUCUUCGUGGCCUCCUGAACAGACAGGGCAUCGGCGACGAUUACAUCGCAAACUACCUGCAGACGGCAGCAGCAGCUCAGACGACCACCGAACCCCCUUCCGCCACUGCCUCUGUCGCCGUCCCAGGGUCUCAUGCUCUGGGGGCGAGCACCAGCCAGUCGGUCCAGUCGCUACAGCAGCAGCUCAAACCGCGAAGACCAGCCGCCAUCGAUCAGAGCGCCGCAUUCCCCAUGUCCGUCCAGACUAGCCCGCAAGACUCCAUCGGGAGCGUUUCGACAACCGCCUCUUCGCUGUGGGAGACCCCGCCGCAGCACCAUAUACAGCCGCCGCCGGCGAUGGCUGCUCCGUCCGGUAUGAUGGCCUCAUAUCCCAUGAAUCCAUCCACGGCUCCACGCAUGGAUGCCUUUAUGGCGCAACCAGCUCAGCACCACCCGCAACAGCAGCAGAGCUUUAUGGAGCACCCUCGACACCAAGGAUUCUCGAUUCACCCCCCACCCCCUGAAAUGGCAGGCAGCAGUGUCAGUUAUGACCCGAACGCCCCUUUUACCCCGGAUUCCCGAGAUUACGGACAACCACGAGGCUAUCGCUGA